AUAUAAUGGUAGUUGACUUUUUCCUUGAAAGACCUUCAGAGAUUUCAUCACCAAUUUCUUGCAACAAUUCCCAUCUAGGGAGCAAAAAACAGAAGAGAGAAAGAUAGAAAUUUAAGGCAAGGCAAUAAGAAAGUGAAAGAAAAAAAAUGGCAGAUAGUCCAGUCUCAUUUUUAUUGGACAGGUUGACUUGGUUACUUCAAGAGGAAGUAAAUCUACAAAGAGGCGUCCGUGAAGAUGUUCAAUACAUCAAAGAUGAACUCGAACGCCACAAAGCUAUCUUAAUGGUAGCUGAUUCAUUGGAAGAUAAAGAUCCUGAACUCAAAGUAUGGGUUAAAAGGGUAAGAGAUAUUGCUCAUGACAUGGAAGAUGCUAUAGAUGAAUACAAUCUCCGCCUUGUCAAUCAUCGACAAGGUAACAACAAUUCUUCUUUUUAUAAGAUUCUUUUCGCCAUUAAGACCAUGAAAGGUAGACGUAGAAUAGCUUUGAAUAUUCAAGGAAUUAAAUCAAAAGUUGAAGUUAUCUCGCAAAGACGUCCAAUCAUAUCUGAUGUAGCUUCAAGCUCAAGUCAAAGGUUGGUUUCAACAAGACUUGAUAGUCAAGGUGAUGCCCUUUUGUUAGAAGAAGCUGAUUUAGUUGGUAUUGAAGAGCCAAAGAAGCAACUUACUGAUUUGCUUUUCAAAGAUGAAUCAAAUAGAGCUGUGAUUUCAAUUUAUGGCAUGGGAGGUUUAGGGAAAACAACCUUAGCCAAACAAGUCUAUGAUGAUCUAAAAAUCAAGAAACGUUUCAGGAUUCAUGCUUGGGUUAAUCUUUCUCAAUCUUUCAAAAUGGAAGAGUUGUUGAAGGAUCUUGUUCAACAGCUUUAUAGUGUUAUUGGUAAACCAGUUCCAGAAGCAGUUGGAAUGAUGAAAAUUGAAAAGGUGAAAGAGUUGAUCAAGAAUUUGCUUCAACAAAGUAGGUAUCUAAUUGUGCUUGAUGAUGUGUGGAAUGUGAAUGUUUGGGAUGCUGUGAAGCAUGCUUUGCCUAAUAACAACCGCGGAAGUAGAGUUAUGCUUACCACUCGCAAGAAAGAUAUAGCUUUGUAUUCUUGUGCUGAAUUAGGUAAGGAUUUUCACCUUCAAUUCUUACCUGAGCAAGAAGCUUGGUCACUUUUUUGUAGGAAGACAUUUCAAGGUAGUAAUUACUCGUGUCCUCCUCAUCUUGAAGAAGUUUGUAGGAAGAUCUUGAAAUUGUGUGGAGGGUUGCCACUAGCAAUUGUGGCAAUCAGUGGUGCUUUGGCUACACGAGAAAGAUCGAACAUAGAAGAGUGGCAGAUAGUUUGCAGAAGUUUUGGAUCUGAAAUUAAAGGGAAUGACAAAUUGGAGGAUAUGAAGAAAGUACUUUCCUUAAGUUUCAAUGAGUUGCCUUACUAUCUUAAAUCGUGUUUGUUGUAUUUAAGCCUCUUUCCUGAAUUUCACGCUAUCGAGCAUAUGAGAUUGAUUCGGUUGUGGGUAUCUGAAGGAUUUGUAAAUGGUGAAGAUGGUAAGACAGUAGAGGAAGUUGCAGAUAGUUACCUCAAAGAGCUUUUGAACAGGAGUUUGCUUCAAGUGGUAGAAAAGACCAGUGAUGGAAGGAUGAAAACGUGUCGAAUGCAUGACCUUCUAAGGGAAAUUGUUAAUUUGAAGUCAAGGGAUCAGAACUUUGCAACAAUAGCCAAAGAUAAAUUCAUGGUAUGGCCGGAACGAGUUCGUCGUUUAUCGAUUGUAAGUUCAUCAUAUAAAGUACUGCAACAAAAUAGGACAACAUUCCAACUUAAGUCUCUGCUAAUGUUUGCAUUAUCACAUUCACUCAAUCAUUUUUCUAUCCAUGAAUUAAGCACCUUUGGUCUUAAGUUGCUCAGAGUGUUAGACUUGCAAGAUGCACCUUUGGAGGAUUUUCCUGCUGAAAUUAUCAACCUAUACCUUCUGAAAUAUCUAAGUUUGAAGAAUACAAAGGUGAAAAGCAUUCCAGGUUCCAUUAAGAAGUUGCAGAACCUAGAGACAUUGGAUCUUAAACACACUUAUGUCACUGAAUUGCCUACUGAAAUUGCGGAGCUGAAACGAUUACGCCAUCUCCUUGUGUAUCGUUACGAGAUUGAAUCCUAUGCUCAUUUCCACGCAAAGCAUGGAUUCAAAGUGGCUGCACCUAUAGGAAACAUGGAAUCAUUGCAAAAGCUUUGUUUUAUAGAGGUAGAUCAAGGAAGUAGAGCAUUGAUGGUUGAGUUAGGAAAACUUACUCAACUUAGGAGGCUAGGCAUUAGAAAAAUGAGGAAAGAAGAUGGUGCUGCUUUGUGUUUAUCUAUUGAGAAGAUGAUCCAUCUUAGAUCACUCUCCAUAACUGCAAUAAAAGAAGAUGAGAUAAUCGAUAUUCACGAUAUUUCAAAGCCUCCUCAGUGUCUUCAACAGGUAUACUUGAGUGGAUGUUUAGAGAAGUUUCCACAAUGGAUAAAAUCUUGCAAUAAUUUAGUCAAAGUUUUCUUAAAAUGGAGCAGGUUAAAGGAGGAUCCACUGGUGUAUCUUCAAGGUUUACCAAAUCUUCGACAUCUUGAGUUUCUUCAAGUUUAUGUUGGCGAGACAUUGCAUUUCAACGCAGAAGGUUUUCCGAGUCUAAAGGUGGUAGGCCUUGAUGAUUUAAAAGGACUGAAAUCUAUGAUAAUUGAGAAAGGAGCAAUGCAAGGUCUUAAAAAGUUGAUCAUCCAACGAUGCGGUUCGUUCAAGCAUGUACCAUUAGGCAUUGAACAUCUAACUAAGCUAAAAACAAUUGAGUUCUUUGAUAUGCCUGAUGAAUUGGUUAAGGCACUGCUUCCAAAUGGAGGCAAAGAUUAUUGGAGAGUACAAAAUGUUCCAACAGUUUAUUCCACUUAUUGGAGGGAAGGUGGUUGGGAUGUUUAUUCAUUAGAGACUUUUGGGGAGAGAGAGACUGAUUCCAAUCAUAGUAGUGCUAAGAGGACUCUUGAGCUUCCUACUCUUUGGAAGGUUUAACUUUUCUUUAUGUUGAUCUAUUUAUUCUUUUAACACACUGCAUAUAUGCCAGUGAUGGAAAGUUGAUGUUAAAUUUAUGUUAAGUUUCAACUAAAAUAAAUCAGGGAGCAUAAUCUGUUUUGUGAACUCUUUGAAAUUAAAAAAUAAAAAUGUAUGUUCAGAAGUAAUUGUAAUUGUUCUUUUGUAAUUGUUAAUUUCCAUUACUUUCACUGUUAAGAAGUCUCACAUCGGAUGUGAGAUAUUCAGGCCAACUCACAUCGGAUGUGAGACUUCUUAACAAUUUCAAUAGACUUUAACAUU